GUUACUUCGAAAUCCACAAAAUAGCGCCUUUUUGACGCAGAGCGAUGCGUCCUCUUACUUCAACAACACCAGAGAGGGCUUUUCUGAGGUAUGGUUUAGCUGAAGUAAGAGAAAGAGAGUGUUUUAGAGAGAGAGAGAGUGUUUUAGAGAGAGUAAACAUCGACGGUCAGAAGCACCACGAGAGAGAUGAGAUUCAAUUUCGAUAUGGCUGAGUCCAACACAGAGGAAGGGCAAACCCUAACACCAUCGUACUCAACACCAAAAGACGAAGUCGAAUGGCUUACCCUUCAGAACCACCCUGUUUUUAGCACCACCGCCGCCGACGGUGGGGCCUCCCAUUCCUCCACUUCCCGUAUGCCCAAAAAUCUCAUGGCGUGGGACGGAGCCUCCCGCAUCUUCGUCUGGGACUCCCACAAGCAAUGCCUCCAUCGGAUCUCCAUUCGGUUAGGCGAACCCGACCCAACCUCCGUUCUUGCCGCUUCGCCAUCUAAGGUAUUGCAAGCAGAUGUGCAGCUCAGUUUUGUGGUUAAUAAAGUCUCAAUCAAUAGAAAUGGAUCAGCAUUACUCCUGGCCGGUUUGGAUGGUCUAUGUGUCAUGAACCUCUAUGGGCGCACUUCUACGAAAGAUAAUACCAUUAUUUGCAGGACCGUUUCAGUUGGCUCAGAAAUCUACUUUACCAGCAAUAAUGUCAUACGCACAUUACAAAUUUCAUGGCACCCUUACAGCAGCACCCAUCUGGGUAUCCUCUCUUCCGAUUCAGUUUUCAGGCUUUUUGAUUUGUCUUCUCCUCUUGGACAAUUGGAACAGGAAUAUUAUUUACAGCCUGUAGAACCAGGUAGAUCGAGGAACGCUGCAUCAAUCUGUCCUGUUGAUUUUUCUUUUGGUGGUGAUCACUUGUGGGACAGAUUUAGUGUUUUUAUUUUAUUCAGUGAUGGUUCGGUUUACAUCCUUUGCCCAGUUGUUCCUUUUGGAAGUAUGUACAAGUGGGAAUCAAUAUUGGAAAUAUAUAGUGAUGCUCACACAUUUGGGCUGAAAUCUGCCAAUUCAAAAGCUGUUAGUAAUUCUAACCUGGCAAUCUCUUGGUUGGAAGCAACAUUUCCCGACUUAGCUCACCAAUCAGCAGAAGGGGGAAUUUUUUCUGUACAUAAAGCUCAGCCUUAUGCUUUAUUUGAUGCAUCUGUUUCAUUGCAGGGGCCUCUUCGUAAAGUAUGUAGUGGGCGGGGAGAUAAUUCUGAAGUUCGAGGAGCAGAAUGUGAAGGUCGUGCAGUCAGUUUUCUUUAUAAUUCAGUCAGCAAAGAUUCGAUUCUUGUUACUGCUUGGAGCGGUGGGCAAUUACAAAUAGAUGCCUUGGCUGAUGAAAUUCAGCCAGUUUGGUCUCUUGGUAGCCGACCACGUCUUUUUGUUGAUUCUUAUGACCGUAUACUUGGUGUUGCUAUGAUUUGUGAUAUAAUCCCCAGUGAGCUCUCCAUUGUGAAUUUUGACCAGCCACUGGAUCAUACUGUUUGGUUGGGGCACCCACCUCCUUUGUUGAGAUUGGCUAUUGUGGAUUUAGCUUUGCCAAGAAAAAGAGAGAGUGGUUCUCUUAUUUCAAUGUUUGUUGAUCCCCUUAUUCCAGAAAGAAUAUAUUCCCUUCAUGAUGGUGGGAUGGACUCAAUAGUUUUGCAUUUUCUCCCUUUUACAAGUCAGAUAAGUGGCAAGGAUGAGACCAUGAGAACUCCCUCUGUGCAUCCUGUCCUUAGUACAUGCCAGGGAGAAUCGUCUGCACAAUCUCCUCUUUGUGGUUUUGUGGCACUGUCAGAUUCAUUUGGACAUUCAUGGAUUGUGGGACUCACCUCCUCUCGCGAAUGUAUUGUGCUUGAGAUGGAAAUCUGGAAUAUGUUGCUUCCCGUUCAUGUUCACAAGGAGAUGAAACACUCAAGCUUGGAAGAACUGACAGAGGUUGGUACUCGAGCUAUUAUAAGCAAAGAACUCCUUACCGGCCCUAAGGUGGUCCUUGUGCCUCCUUCCUCGCCAAAUUUACGCUCUGUUGCUGCUGAUUCUAUUGAAGGUCGAUCAACUCUUCAUCAGUACUUUAAGCUUUUUCGUGAAAAUUAUGUGGAGUAUGCACAUAAGGUAUAUUUUGAAAUCAAGCAUCAUGGGCCUCACCUGAAGAAAAUCAUUGAUGAGCAGCAUGCUCGUUUGCACGAGGCACAACAGAAGCUUACGAAAGUUGAGGAAAAACAACAAAAUGUAGGGAACCGCAUUGGUAAUGCCAUUAAGCUUCACAUUCUGCUAGAAGAGCGCUUGCAAAGCUUGAGAAACCUGCCUGGGGCACAUAAGAGACCAUUAUCAAAAGCAGAGCGAGAGUUCAAGUCAGAACUUGACAGAUUUAGUGGAGUGGAGUUGGAUGCUUUGCGCUGUUCGAUUGAAGCUUUGAAUGCAAGGUUGAAAAGGUACACUCAUUCUCCACAGGGCAAUCAAUCGAACCAAGAAAGACAAAUAUUAGGAAGAAGGAAGACUUAUGUCCAAGAUGACCGAAUCUCCCAGCUCAAAUCCUCACUCGAGAGGCUUUCGCUUGUCAAUAGCAAGAACACAGAAAAGGUUAAACUUGUUGAAUCUGCAUUGAGAAACUGUGAAAGCAGAAACUGGUGAUACCACAUUUCUGUUUGGUUCUGGUGUUUGUCAAUUUUGCCUCUGUAGCGAGGAGAAUGUUUAAUUUGCAGCAAAUGAAUCUCGAGUGGAAUCUCUUACAAGUGAGAUGGAGAAAGGCAUAUUCUCACGUAACGUGAUCGUAGCUGGAUAGCUGUUACUGUUUGUUGUGGAAAGAACUCUGUAUGAAUAUGUUGGAAGGUUAAAGUAAAAGAUGGUAGAGUUGUGACGAUGUUGAUAACAGGGACAUCUACUUCUGUUAGAAAAGUGUUUCUAUGAAGGUAUGAACUCACGGAAAUACCGUCCAAUUAGUUUGGUGAUAAUGUGGCAUCAUCGGUGAUUAAGCUUCCGGUUUUGUAGAACCUCUCUCUCGAGGCAUAUUUGGAACCAACAAAAAGAAAGAAAAUAGAUUUUCUCUCUUUUUCAAGCCAUCGUGUAAAUGAACUACUUACCAUGAUUGAAAGCUAUGAUAGUCGUCGUUGCGGUCUGUAAUCUGUAUUUUUUAUGCUUGUUCUACUGAAGAUAAAGGGUAGACCUUUCUAAAUGUAUUUCUUGUAUGUUUGUUUGUUGGUGUCUCAUUCACAAUGUGUCAGGUACGUUUUAUUGACUCCCAUCAGUCUCUUCUUUUGAGAAGUUGAUGAAAAAUAUUGUAAAACUCAUUUUCCUAAAAGCACUAGUUUUAUUCUUCAUGGUA